AUGCAAAAAUAUUAGAAUGGGUUCUCAGUCUGAUAUCGGCGGCUCCUUAAGCACAGUGAUGACUCUGCUUCUCUGUUUUAUACUAUUAUCUAUGGCUCCAAAACUUGAGGCCGAGUUCACAACGCUUGAACAUGCACCAAACCCCGAUGGCUCAAUCAGUUUUCUGGUGAUUGGAGAUUGGGGUAGGCGUGGACUCUACAACCAAUCGCAAGUUGCCCUCCAGAUGGGGAGAAUCGGGGAGAAGAUGGAUAUCGAUUUUGUGGUAUCGACGGGAGAUAACAUUUACGAUAAUGGGAUGGAAAGCAUCGACGAUCCCGCCUUUCAACUUUCCUUCACCAAUAUCUAUACGUCUUCUAGCUUGCAAAAACCAUGGUAUUCAGUUUUGGGGAAUCAUGACUAUAGAGGAGAUGUUGAAGCACAGUUGAGUCCUGCCCUCAGAUCAAUAGAUAGCCGUUGGACUUGCAUGAGAUCCUUCAUCGUAGACGCUGAGGUCGCAGAGCUCUUCUUUGUCGACACAACUCCAUUUGUAGAUGCAUAUUUCCUCAAUCCACAAGACCAAAAUUACGACUGGAGCGGAGUAUCACCGCGAGAAUCCUAUAUUCAGACCAUUUUAACGGAGUUGGAGAUGGGUCUAAGAGAAUCAAGAGCAAACUGGAAAAUCGUGGUGGGUCAUCAUGCUAUAAAGAGUGCUUCUAUUCAUGGGAACACAAAAGAGCUUGAAGCUCUCCUCUUACCCAUCCUUGAGGCGAAUAAAGUUGAUCUCUACAUGAACGGACAUGAUCAUUGCUUGCAACAUAUUAGCACAUCUCAAAGUCCAAUCCAGUUUCUAACUAGUGGUGGUGGGUCAAAGGCAUGGAGAGGUUACUACAAGUGGACAACACCAGAAGAUAUGGAAUUCUUCUACGAUGGACAAGGUUUCAUGUCAGUUAAGAUAACUAGAACCGAAAUGGGUAUCGCUUUCUAUGAUGUCUCCGGCAAUAUAUUGCACAAGUGGGACACAUCAAAAAUGUUAGACACUGACUUUUAUUUCCCAUUGUAAAUUCACAUGAAAAAAUCAAUCAAUUGAAGCACAUAAAAUUAAGUCUACAUGAUCCUUAUGAGUGUCUCCGAAAAAUUCAAGUAAAAUAUGAGAGAAUAUA